GCAGCAUGGAGUGCUGAGUCGGCCAUGUACAGCGAGGAGGAGAGCGACCUGAAUGAUGUGUUGCCUCAGGAUGUGGGGUCCCUCUUCUCGGACACAUACACGGAGGAAAGCCGCUAUGAGUUCUGCGGUCACCGGCUGCUCAUCACUCAGCACUACGGGUGUCACCUGGGGGUGGCGGCUCCGGUGUGGGACGCUGCUCUGAAUUUGUGCUCUUACUUUGAAAAGCAGAAAGUGAACUUCAAAGGAAAGAAUAUUAUCGAGCUGGGUGCUGGAACGGGGAUUGUGGGGAUUCUGCUAUCUUUACUAGGUGGUAAUGUGACCCUGACAGACCUUCCACAUACUCUUCCACAGAUUGAGAAAAAUGCGUCUGCCAAUGUCCCCAAUGGUCAUCCACUUAAGGUGUGUGCAUUAUCUUGGGGACUCGACCAGACCAAAUUUCCACAAGACUAUGACUUUGUCAUUGGGGCAGAUAUUGUGUAUCUGAAGGAGACCUAUGACCACCUUCUCCAAACAUUGCAGCACCUCUGUUGUCCCAGAACCACCAUAUUCCUCUCUUCCAAAAUGCGGACAGAGCAUGGUACUGUGGACUUUUUCCAGGAUGUCCUGCCCAAGCAUUUUAAUGUGGCGCUUGUUCAGAGAAAUGUUGAGGAUAACAUCAACAUCUACAGUGUUAGCCAGUAUCAGAACUGAAAGUGACCAUUUUUAAACAUACACUUCCUUAUAUUGCAUUCCAGAAAAUGAAAGUAUGCCCAAUAAUGUGAAACCCGGCUAUAGCUUUAAAGCUGAACUCUGAGCAGAUAUAGA